UCUCUCUCUUUUAUCUCUUCCUUUUUUCCACCUCGUGACCUACUGACUCUACUCUGCACUCCCUUCUUGUGCUACCCAAAAUCCCUUCUUCUUUUUAUAUUAUAUUUAAAUAUCUCUUCUGUUCAGCUCAAAUUUUAGUAUUUUCGCAGACAUAUCUUCCCUCUGUCUAUUGACACUUUUCAUUCCUUUUUUCUCCAUAAAGCUAGGGUGCCUCUGCAUAUCUGGGUUUUUGUGAAUUUCAUUUUGUUUGGUUGGUCAAAACCAAUAGUAUUUUUAAACUAGGUAUGAAAGUAGAGUGAAAGUUGAGAAAUCUCACUGGCGAGAGAUGAGUUCGUCGUGUUUAGGCAGGACGUAUGCUUUAGACCUUGAAAUAAUAAAAUCACCACCCACAUCAACCUCCUCCUCUUCUUCAACUCUCUCCGAUGCCAUCAAUUCCCCACUCGCCAUCUCCACCCGCAAACCCCGUUCCCCUCGUAAACGCCCCAACCAAACCUACUCUGAAGCUGCCGCCCUCCUUUCCACUGCCUAUCCUUAUAUCUUCCCCGCCAAAACCUUCGCUAAACCCCCAAAAUUCACCCUCCCUCCUCCUCCUUCCUCUUUCUUCCCUGAUUCUUCUUCUCAAUUAUUGUUGUUCCCUUUCCGCCAUCUCCACCACUCUGGUUUCUUGCUCCACCAUCAAUCACCCAUUCGGGAAAAGCCCAGUUCCCUCAUUGACUCCAAAGCCGACACCACCUCCUGGGCCUCCCAAACUAGUAGUGGAGAAGUCAAUUCCCAUGGAGGAGGAGAUUCCAUGGAAACUGACUACUUUAACACUGAAUUCCAAGAUGAUUUCGAUGCAGAAUCCAUUAUUCUGGAUGAAGAAACUGAGCAAGGUAUUGAUAGCAUUAUGGGGAACCUGAGUGUCAACCAGGACACAUGGGAUGAUGAAUCAAACGGCAGAUGUCGGUUUACCCAUUUAGGUUCAUGGUAUACCAAUCCCAUCCCCAUGGCCAUGGGAUUAAGGAAAGGAAUGGGAGCAUUGAGACAUGUUGACCAAGGGAAUUGCUGGAAUUUCUCAACCGUAGAUGUGCUUCAAAUCUCACCCAAAACCAACCCCACAAUAACCACCACCAGUAGAGCCGACAAAAAGAAAAGGAAAAACAAGGCGGAAAAACCAAUUGCGGCGGCGGAAACUCCAAAUCCGAAGCCUAACAACACUGGGUUGAAACUGAAAUUAAAAUUGAAUUACGAGAACGUGGUGAAUGCCUGGUCUGACGGUGCCUCUCCUUUCUCUGAGAAACCUCCUGCAGAUGAUGAUGUCUAUGCCAGGCUAGCGCAGGUGGAAUUAUUGAGUGAGGGGGAGGCGGAGGCGGAGGCGGAAGGCGGAGGGAGGAAAGCAAGCGUGCUUCGCUACAAACAGAAGCGGCAUACGCGCCUCCUCUCUACCAAAAUCAGGUAUCAAGUCCGAAAAGUCAACGCUGAUCGACGCCCCAGAAUCAAGGGACGAUUUGUAAGAAGACCAAGUUCUUCUACCGUGAGUGAAGAAAGGUGAGAACAUUGGACAGCCAAGCAAAAUAAAGAGAGAGAAAAAAAGAUUACACACAUUCAAAGUCGAAAGAAGAGGAAUAUAAAGCCAACGAGGUUUUUUUUUUUUUUGUUCUUUGAAAUGGUUACUAUUAUUACCAUUUUGUGUUUCUCUUCGUUUUUUAGUAUUUCUAUCACCUUUUUUUCAUCAUAUUAUUGUUAUUUUGUUCCAACGGAGAAAAGCAAGGUUUUGUUUCAAUUCAAUUGUAGCAAAUAAAAAAUGAUAACCCUCAAUUUUGAUUGUUAGUUUCGGAUGUGUGCAAUUAAAGAUAAUUAAUAUUUUUCAUUAAUUGUACUUAUUUUUAAUUAAAUAAUAAUACAUUUAUUUCUUAACGUUUA